UAGUGAUAUGUACGAAAUUUUAAAUUAACUCGAAUCAAUCUGUGAUCAACUAAAAGACAAUUUUAUUAAGAUGACUGUUACCUAUACGGCGCAAGUAGCCACGUGCCGUGGUUUUGGAUGUUUCCUCAAAUUGCUAUUAAGGUGGCGAGGUAGUAUUUACAAAUUAGUAUGGCUCGAUUUGCUGGCAUUUCUCUUAUUAUAUUACAUACUAAAUUUAACCUAUAGAUUAUAUCUCGAUGCUGAAGCUAAAAGAAUAUUUGAAGGUAUAGUACUAUAUUGUGCUACAUACACAGAUUUAAUUCCCUUGUCUUUCGUGUUGGGUUUUUAUGUAUCAAUUGUUAUGACGAGAUGGUGGGGCCAAUAUACGAGCAUACCCUGGCCCGACCCAAUUGCUGUUUUCGUUAGUGCUAAUAUACAUGGACAGGAUGAACGUGGUCGACUGAUGCGUCGUACAAUUUUACGAUACGUCUGCCUAUGUAUGACUAUGGUCUUCAGUAUGAUAUCACCCCGUGUCAAGAAACGUUUCCCUACAUUAGAUCAUUUACUAGAGGCUGGUCUUUUGACCGAAAACGAACGUGUUAUCAUGGACGAUUUAAACACGAAGUUUCCCCGACAUUCCAAGCAUUGGUUGCCAAUCGUUUGGGCUGCAAGCGUUGUGACAAGAGCCAGAAAAGAAGGCAGGAUCAGAGAUGACUUUGCCGUUAAAACUGUUAUAGAUGAGCUAAACAAAUUCCGUGGACAAUGUGGAACAUUGAUCAGCUACGAUACGAUUAGCGUUCCUUUAGUUUACACUCAAGUGGUGACCCUGGCGGUAUAUUCUUAUUUUAUUACUUCUAUCAUGGCGAGGCAGUGGACCGAACAAACCAUCAUUAAGGAAGGAUAUUUGAACACGAUCGAUCUAUAUUUUCCAUUCUUCACAACUCUACAGUUCUUCUUCUACAUGGGUUGGCUUAAAGUGGCCGAGUCUCUUAUAAACCCUUUUGGUGAAGACGACGACGAUUUUGAAGUUAAUUGGCUCGUUGACAGAAAUCUGCAAGUUUCCUACCUCAUAGUGGAUGAAAUGCAUCAUGAUCAUCCAGAGUUGAUAAAAGAUCAAUAUUGGGAUGAAGUGUUUCCUGCUGGCUUGCCGUAUACUGUGGCCGCUCAGCAAUUCCGAGAAGAACAUCCGCAGCCUUCAACUGCCAACAUCGAGGUUUCGCCUAGAGGUCGAGGCACCAUUCAUGUUAACCCAAGUAGUGUCAAGAUUGAUGACAUGAACGGGGCUGGUAGUGAUUUGAAUACUGUGAGUUACAAAUUCAUGGAAAAUACACCUGAGAAUGCCAACGAUGAUGCAGCUAGUGGUAUACAUUUCGUCGCUCGGGCUGCCUCGCGAAAAGAUUCAAUUCGAAAGCGCGAACGACAUGCUUCUGGUAAUUCGCAAUCUUCCCUGACCAGCAUGGGAGCAGUAGCUACAAGUAUAACCAGGGUUAAUUCUGUGACGAAUGCUUUGAAGAAAAUAUUCACUCGCGAUGACAAAUCGCCUACGACGACUCAGACAGAUGGUGGCUCUGGAUCAGUUCCGAAUAACGUGCCGACUCUCAUGGGAUCUACAAGCUCGGUUAGCUUGCAUGGAAAAGCUAUAGCUGGUGGUAGUAUGCGAAUAGCUGACCAAGUUAUUGAAGAGGUGGAUGAACAGUUGACUAUAACUUCCAAAGGACCUGAAUACAGGCCUAGUGUUGUAGGCAUGUUUUCUAAUACAAUAGGCCCGCCUCCGCCUUCGGAUCCUGUUCCUGUGCCUAAAGGAUCGAGUUAUAUACGAACGCAGUCAGAGACAGCACCUCAAAACAUGGGAUACGCAGCCGGUACGGAUGGAAUGUUUAGCACGUCUGCACCUGCUCAGGCACACAUCGGCGCAGGAGUCUCACUCACAGAUUUUGAAGGCAUAACCCCUACAGAACAACAAGAUGACACAACCAGCUUGCGAAGCAAUAAGAGCACAAAAGAUGAAAAUUUUGAACGUUUGAAACAGCGAAGAGAGCAGGAGAGACAAGAAAGAAUGAUGAAGAAAUUUGCUAGAUCAAUCAGUGCACAGCAAGGAGUUGCAGAAAACUUAAUGGACAAUGAAGCAAUGCUUAUGGAGAUAAUUAAUUCAUCUCGAACAAGUGUUAAUGCUCAAGGUAGAUCAUCGAGAAGUUCUCUAACAGAUAAAGAAGACGCAGCUUUAAUACCUUGACAGAUGCAAUAUAAAAGU